AUGAGUAAAUACCUCGGAAAACCCGUUGCCGCCCUGGCACAGUGCCCGUCUCAGUCUCACGAGGCCUUCACGGAAAUCGCGGCCAUAGUGAUGGACAUCGGGACCGGUUACACCAAAGCAGGUUUCGCCGGUGACGAUAAACCGCGAGUGGUCCUGCGUUCCCUGGUUGGCAUUCCCAUCCACCAGCCCGUGCACGACCACAACAAAGGACCCGAUUACUACAUCGGGAACUCAAUCCCCAACGAUCCUUGGAUUACCAAAACCAGAGUGGUGACCAACGGGAUUGUGACGGACUGGGACGCCCUGGAAAUGCUGUGGCAUUACGUGUUCUAUCAAGAGCUCCGAGUCGCCCCAGAAGAACAUGCUAUCCUGCUCUCCGAUGCUCCCUUGUCCCCUAUAACCAACAGGGAGAAGUCGGCAGAGCUGCUGUUUGAAGGGUUUGGGGUCCCAGCCUUGUUCAUUGCCCAUCAGACCUUGCUGUCGCUCUAUUCCACUGGCAGGACAACUGGACUGAUUAUCGAGUCGGGCCUGGGGGUGUCUUACACCGCACCGAUCCACAACGGUUACACGUUGCCUCAUGCCACCUUCCGCCUCGACCUGGCUGGAGGUUGUCUCACCGAGUACAUGGGAAAACUCCUGGAGGAGUGUGGCAACCCUUUCAGCUCCGAGGAGACACACAUUGUCAGGAACAUCAAGGAGACUUGUUGCUAUGUGACCCAUGAUUUCCAAGAGGAGAUGGUGGCCAGCGAGAGCGAUUACCUGACCGACUAUGAGUUGCCGGACGGACACAUUAUCACGAUAGGGAAUGAGCGUUUCCGGUGUCCUGAGGCCCUCUUCAAACCCCAAGUCAUCGGUCUCGCUGACCCAGGCCUGCACAUCUUGGCCAUGAAGAGUCUUCAGAAAUGCAAAGAGGGGAUCCAUUCCGAAUUGCUCAACAAUAUUGUUCUGUCGGGCGGUUCGUCAAUGUUCCCGGGAUUUGCUGAGCGGAUCCAGAAGGAGAUCGGAAAACUGGCUCCCAACCGUUCCAAGCUGAACGUCUAUGCUUCCCCACAAAGGAAGUUCUCGGUCUGGAUCGGGGGCUCCAUCACGGCCUGCCUGAACACCUUUCAGUCCCUCUGGGUCCGCAAGAAGGAUUAUGAGGAGGAGGGGUCCGUGAUUGUCCACCGCAAAUGCUUUUAGGAGAAGAGUAGAGAGAGAAUCUGGAGAGUUAGCAUUGCAAUGAGA